AUGGAUAGGUUUUGGUUUGUUAUAAGGAGAUUUCUGGUAAAAUUUAGAUCCUACUAUUCGUUUUUGUCCAAUUAAUAAAAUCUUUGUAAAGUUAGAUACAGCGAGAAUAACAUUUUUUUCAAUUAAUGUUAAUAUACCAACUAAAGUAUAACAUGAAUAACUCCACGAAAAAUCAAGCAAGCCAUAAACGGCUCUGUGAAAACUUCUAAAAUUACAUUCUUGGCGUAAUAACUGCAAAAUACAGAAUAUUCAAUGUCGCAGUCUUUGGGAAAGUUAUUUUGAAUAUCUCUCGGGCGCAGUUCGCUGGCCAUCGAUUUGGUCGAGAAAUUAGCGCGAAUAAAAAAUCCGUCAUCCCGACGGUUUUAUUCUAUGAAGUGCAAGGUAAUAUCUGUACUGUGACAUCGUAUACUUGAUAUCACACCCGGUUUAAUCAAUUUUUCACGCCUAUUUGUCCGAUUACUCCCAUCCGGAUGACGGAUUUUCUGGAAUUUCCUCAAAAUUUUUCACUCGCGAAAAUCUCGAUAAAACCGCACUCUCGCCGGCUAGCAUCGGGCCUCCGGGCGCCAUUUUAAUUCGGUCAACAUUCGUAAUUAACCCAUCUCGUUUCGUUGCGGACAAGCUUUGCUCGGCCUUCGCCUAAGUCUGGGGAUUAAACUGGCCGCAGGUUCCGAGUUUUCGUCGAAGCGCCGACGGAAACCGAAUUCUGGUGAGUACCUUUUCUAUUUUUGUUCGUAUUUUAGGUUGUUGAAGGUGUGGCGAAAGAUUCAUGCGAGUAUUCGUCGAUUUUGCGAGGAUUUAUGGCCAUUUUAUAAUCUUAGACCACCUAUUCUCAAGUUUUGAAAUUUUUUACCCAAAAAAGAAAGAGAACUAUUGGGCUUUUGCUAUUUUGGGCAAGAUAAGGUUAUAAUCUUGCUGGUAGUUCCGUUUCCGGCCACAAAAAACAACAAGAAUGAUGGUGUUUUGACCCUAUAUUAUCCAUGCUUUCAGUGGCGGCGUUGACCGGAUAAUGCGCGCUGGUGUCGGCGUGUACGGUGCGGCCACGUCUUCGCUGAGCCCCCAGUCCAACGCACUGUUCGUGGGCUCAUCCGUGUCGCCGUUGAGCGCAGCGUCGCCGUUGUCGGGCUCGCCGUCGCAGCAGCACCUGCUGAACCACGGGACGCCCGUCUUGGAGACGACGAUUGUUAGCGGGCAAAAGGACCUGAUCAAGACACACUUCACGACCCGCGAGGGUACUUAUCGCCAGAUGACAGUGGCUGACCAGCCGGCCAAGAACAGGGUUAACAUGGCUCAGGUGGGCUGUUGUUUUAGCUAUUUUUUCUUCGAUUUUUAGGUGAAUUUUGGAUAGUAAAGGCUAAGUUUAGGUUCAGAAUGGAAGCUCGGGUUGUAAUGCGCCAGUGCGAGUGUCCUUUAUUCGAGUUCCACAGUCGAUUCCUUUCGAUCAAGCUGAAAGUAGCCAUCAUGAUGAAUGUGCGAGUAUACCGGAUGAGGAAUCGCAUGUUGUAGAGAGAAUAGCCUUCAACAUUGGACGAGAGCUGUUUGUCUAUGAUUUUGAGUAAGUGUUUUUCGUAUUUUUUUCGAAUUUUAGGUACCUCUUAUAUUGUACUUGACCAAAAACCUCUUCAGAAAUCUGAGUGGAACAUUAGACUGGUCGAAGCCGCUGGACAAGCGGAUAUACAAAGGAACAUUCCCCACUUGUCAUGAUUUCAACCACGAAACGUUGUCCGCCACUCGUUGCCAUCUUGUUGUUGGCUUCUCAGCGGGCCAAAUUCAACUGGUCGACCCCUUCCAAAAGGAAUACCCAACGAGUAAAUUGUUCAACGAAGAAAGACUGAUUGAGAAAUCGUCUGUGACGUGUAUCAAAUGGAUCCCCGGGAGCCCUCAACAGUUUCUGGCGUCGCAUCAAAGCGGGUUCAUGUAUGUUUAUAACGAAGAAUACCCAACUUGUGCGGUGGCACCCGUCUAUAACAUGGUCAAACAAGUGAGUUGGGGCUCAAAUGGGCUGAAAAUUUUUUUGAGGAGCUAGGAAGGAUAUUCAGAUAGAUUUUUGGCCAAAAUUUUAGAUUUUUUAUAUUACACUUGAUAAAAGUUUCAAAAUUUUUGGUCAAAUAAGACUUUUUUGUUGUAUAAUAUGACGGGAAAAGAUAUGAAUUGCCCUUGAGAUUUCUUGAAUAUUUAUUUAACUCGAAAAAAUAUCAUUUUUUGAUAUGAUUUUAGCUGGUCUAAAGUAAUAUAAUCAGAUGAAUAAAACUCCUUCCAAUUUUAGACUGAUCACUUCUCCGUCUACUCAAUGAAAAGUCGACCAAAUAAGAAUCCAAUAAGACGGAUACAAGUGGGAAAAGGCGCCAUUAACCAGUUCGAAUUUGCUCCACAUUCCACCGACCUGUUAGCUGUUGUUGGACAGGUAAAAAACUUGAAAAAUUCGUUGAUUUUGGCUGAUAUUCGGUUUUUUUUGGGUAUUUUGAAGUGUGAAAUAAGAAACUACACAAACGAAUUUGGUAUUUUUUUUAUUUCAGGACGGGUUCAUGCGGAUUUUCCGCUUCUCCCAAAUGGAAUUGCUCUGCCAGAUGCGCUCCUACUUUGGCGGCCUCCUGUGCCUGUCCUGGUCGCCGGAUCAGAAGCUGAUUGCCACCGGCGGAGAAGACGACCUUCUAACUGUGUUCUCGGUCACAGAAAACAGAGUCCUGUGCAGAGGACAGGGCCAUAAAAGUUGGAUUUCCCAAGUCGCCUUCGACCCCUAUGUCAACAAAUACAACGGCCAAAAUAACGGCUUAUUUGGUGCUGCCUUCAAUGAUCAACUCAAUGUGGGCUCAGCGUCGAGCACAGAGGACCUGAAGACGUUGGUUACGCCGGAAAUUACACGACGUAUGUUGGUUUUGAAAAAUUAUUUUUUCGGUUUUUAGACUCUCGACCGCAGAAUGGAGAAGUCCAUGAAAAUGGACAUAGAAUGUCGAAUUCGACGCAAGAAGACAAGGUUAGAACCAGACUAGGAUCGCUAGGCAUGCGACCACCAAAAUUGGACUCCAUUUGUAAAUCCGAGGAGAGCUUGGCCCAAAAUGGACAUUAUCAUCAUGAUGAAGAUAGUGUCUUCUAUCGGAUCGGCACUGUCUCUCAUGACACUCAGCUUUGCCUAUGGGACGUUGGGACCGAAAUUCUGAAAUAUCAGAACAAGGAACCGAGCACCAGCAAGGAUAUGGUAUCAUCUACAACAAGUGGUGCCAUGAUCAACAACUUGACAGACCCCGCUUCUCGGACCGCCUCAGAGGCUCGAAGCACCUACGAAAGCCCGGUGAUGGGAUUUUAUAAUGAUGUAAGCGAGUUUGAACCAGUUUUUAUAUUGUUUUAGGUACCUGAAGCACCGUCCGGAUCAGCCAGUGUAAAAGAAGUCGUAACAAAAGAGCCGAAGCCAAGCAAACCGAGAAGAUUCCUCCAUAAGAGAGUACUCAGCUUUGGCAAUCGACACAACAACACGGCGGAAAGGUAGGAAUUAUAAAAAUUGAAAAAUUUUGGGUCCCGCAACGAAAUCUUGGCAUUUUGAUUUUUAUAGUGGAAUAGAUCGGAAAUGGUCCCUGGAGGGUUUUUUGACUAUGUUUUGUAAAUUUUGAAAAUUUAGAAGUGCUAGAAACCCCCGAAACAGCUCAACCUUACCACCUCAAUUGAAUGGACCCGCCCUAAGUCCGGUGGAGGCGCCGGUCAUCGACCCUGCCCUUCAGCUCUUCGGAACCUCGCAAUGCCCCCGAAUGGACGCCGUCCCGAUAAUCGAACCGCUGGUGUGCAAGAAAAUCUCCAACGAACGGCUUACUGUACUUUGUUUUAGGCCGGACUGCUUGGUAACGGCGUGUCAGGAGGGCUUUGUUUGCACCUGGGCUAGGCCGGGAAGAGUUAUAACAACGCUAUAG